AUGAGCUCUCGAGCGUUCGUUAUGAACAGUAUUGCUGUAGGUGAUUUUCGAAUGGAUUGUCAUAUCGAGAAGGAACAAUUGGAAUAUGAAAUUUCAAAAUCUAUAUCUGCUUCAAACUGGAAAGAGAUACUUAAGCUGGGGCAAAAGUUAUCUAUUGAAGAUCGUGUAAAAUUUCUCUGGGUAUGGCCGCUAGAACAAGAUUUAGAGAACAUCCGCCAACUGGCAAAGCAACUCGGCUUAAAACGCAUUCUAAGCAUUGGUUGUGGAACAGGUUUGCUUGAGUGGUUGAUCACUAGUGCAACAGAUAUCAGUGUAUCGGGAAUCGAAAAAGAUGAACAUUGGUGGCUAUCAAAGUAUUCUACUAAAACAUUUAUACCAAUGAUAUUCGCGGAUUCACAUUGCUACAAGAAAAGCUCGAAUGAACUUCAAUGGGACACGCUAAUGUUUUGCUAUUUCAACGAUGGUUCAGCUUUUCGUGACUACCUUGGAGAUUUUUCGGGUCAAUAUGUUAUCAUCAUAGGGCCACUUGAAGGACAAGCCGUCCAUACCGAUCCGCUGCCGUUUCGACCCUGUUUCCCCGCCGAACAAAUAUGGAAGCUUGUGUUAAGUUUUCCCAUGGGGAGUGAAAAUUUAAACUACUUUGUGAUUUAUGAAAGAAUUUUCGAAUGAAUAAAAGACAAAGAAUUAUUUUUUAA